GUUAGUACCUGUGAAUGUGACUACAAAUAUUUAUCAUCAUACAUAUCUUAUCUAUAUAUAGGUCAGUCAUAAGUUUUCAGUGUCUGUCGAUAUUACUGCAAGUAUUUGUCGUCAUAGAUAUCUUAUCUGUAUAAGAUUAGAGGAAAGAAAAUCAACCGUAAAAUUGUAUAAGAUUACAACAUUGAGGCUAGGAAGAUAAAAGAGAAAUGGCGGUACAUUCGUCAGCCUCAGUUCUCUCGGUCAAUUCAGUGCCCAAACUCAGCUCAUAUCUCGCUGAAACUAGGGUUAGGGUUUGGGACCAGAGUAACAAGUGGCCUGUUCAUCUCCGGUUGACCGGAAUUAGCAGCGGCAGAUGCAGACUACAGAGAGUAUAUGCAGGGUUGUCUGAGAUUGAACCCGAUCUCAACGAAGACCCCGUUGACCGGUGGGAGAUUAACAGCAUCAGCUCAGAGGAUUUUAAAUAUGGGGAGUAUGAUGGCCAUCAUACAUUCCAUGAAGGAGAGGAGGAAAAAGGAACAUUUUGGGGAGCAAUUGCAGAGGAUAUUGCGGCUGUAGAGCCCCCUACAGGUUUUCAAGGGCUUAUCUCAUGGCUUUUCCUUCCAGCAAUUGCUGCUGGGAUGCUGCUCAAUGUUCCGGGGGAGUACUUGUACAUUGGAGCAGCAUUGUUUACAGUGAUAUUUUGCAUAAUUGAGAUGGACAAACCCGAUAAGCCCCACAACUUUGAACCCCAGAUCUACAAUAUGGAGAGGGGAGCGCGCGACAAGUUGAUAAAUGAUUACAACACUAUGAGUAUAUGGGAUUUCAAUGAGAAAUAUGGUGACCUUUGGGAUUUUACCGUGAGCAAGGAUGAUAUUACCAAGAGAUAAAAUUUUUGUUCACCAAAAAGAAAUACACGUGGAUUCACACAAUAUCAAUAUUUAGAUAUAGACGUCCCCAACCUUUAUUUGUUUAUUUUCACAUAUUUUUAUAAACAUAAAGAAUCAAGUCAUGAAAUGUGUAUUUUUUUUUUUUGUGUAUUAUCAAUAGUUGAAAGUAUUAUGUAGUUAAUUAAAUAUACUAAUUUUUAAGAGAAUGUAAGUCACAUGAGAUAACAUACUUACUGUCGAA